AGCCCGGAGGGCGUGCUCCGCGGCAGGAGGCAGCUCAGUCCUGUGGAGACACCUCCCGCCCGGAGAGGGUGCUGUGACUUAACUCGCGGCCCCCUGGGGGGAUAGGGACCCCAGCGCUGCGCCCGGGGCCUGCUGGGACUUGUAGUUCGCGGGCUCGCAGCGCGCAGGCGUACUGCCGAGCCCGUCCUGGCGCGCGUCCGGGGGCGGCGGCUGCGGCCCCCGCCUGCCCAGUAGCCUGCUUCGUUCCCAGGAGGAGAGGAUGGCUGCAGGGCUCCUGCUUCCCUGGCCCCAGGAGGUCGUGACCUUUGAGGAUGUGGCCGUGUACUUCUCCUGGGAGGAGUGGGAGCUGCUAGACCCGGCUCAGAGGAGGCUCUACAGAGACGUGAUGCAGGAGACCUGCAGGAACCUGGCCUCCGUGGAGGCCUCUAGGACACGCGGCCCUGGCGCGGGCGCAGCGGGUGGUGCGGGGCCCCUGGCACGCGCCCCUCCGGUCAGCAGUCCCUGUCCGCCGACGGCGUGCUCCCGCGUUCCGCCGGUGCUGCCUUUUCCCCGGGCUCGAGGAGAAGCCAUGUGCAUGGCGGGGAAAGGAGCUCCCCAGGCUUCUUGUUCGGGUUGGGAGACUAAACUGAAAAGCCAACAGUCAGUUUAUAAGAAGCUGGUUUUGGCAGAAGAACCACCUGGUGAUAUGAAUAUUAUAAAGCUCCCCAGAGAAGACCAGGGAUGUGGUCAACUUGAAGAGAUACAUGAAGACCCCCAGAGGCUUUUGAGGCAAAUGGGGUACAUCCACGUAGAGGCAUUUGCUCAAGAGAAGGCUACUGCCUGGUAUGAAUUUGGGGAACACUGCAAUCCGAGCUCAGACCUUGUUAUAUCACAGGGAGUUUCUAUAGAAAGACAUUUCCACGAUGGUGACUUAGCUAUUGAGAGUUUGGUGUCUGAUCCAUUGUUAAACCACCAUCAGAUGGGAUACACAGACCAGAAACCUGAUGAAAGUGUGAAUGCGUUUGGAAAAGGUCUCAGGCAAAACAGUCACCUUAUUCCACAUGGAAGAACUCAAACAGAGGGGAAAGCUUCUGCACGUGCAGACAGUGGGAAAUCACUUCUCCAUGGCGUGGCCCUUACCACACACAGCAACAGUAACACAGCCGAGAAGCCCUACGAGUGUCGGCAGUGUGGGAAGCUGUUUAACCGGAGACAUUCCCUGAGUGAACAUCAGAGGAUUCACACAGGAGAGAGACCAUACUCGUGUCAGGAAUGCGGGAGAGCCUUUACGCACAGCUCGACCCUCACUCGCCACCUGAGAACUCACACUGGAGAGAAGCCCUACGCCUGCAGGGAGUGUGGGAGAGCCUUCAACAGAAUUUCGUCCCUCACCCAGCAUCAGCGGAUUCACACGGGGGAAAAGCCCUUUGGAUGCAAAGACUGUGGGAAGUCCUUCUGCCAGAGCUCUUACCUGAUCCUACACAAGAGAACGCACACAGGCGAGAAGCCCUAUGAGUGUAAUGGAUGUGGGAAGGCCUUCAGCGACCGUUCAUCUCUUAACCAACAUGAGAGGACGCACACGGGCGAAAACCCCUAUGAGUGCGACCGGUGUGGCAGGGCCUUCAGCCAGAGGUCUUCCCUGGUUCGGCAUGAGAGAACCCACACUGGAGAGAAGCCGUAUCGCUGUUGUGAAUGUGGGAGAGCCUUCAGCCAGAGGUCUUCCCUUCUCACACACCAGAAAGCUCACACCAGCCAGAAAACCUAUAAGAUAAUUGAUUGCGGGGAAGCUUUCUCCCAGAGCAGCCACCUCGUUGGGUUUUAGAGCUUGCCUGCUGCCUUGUGAAGUACUUAGCGCUCUCCCACGUAAGUAUGUUCAGACUUUCCCCAGUGACGUACUGCUUGAGAAGAAGCAGGCUUAUGCCACACUCUUGAAGGAAAGCCCUGAGGUCCGGAGCUAUAAAGGGACCUUUUAAUGGGGAGAAAUUGCCAUUGAGCUAAACCCAAUGAGCUCAGCCCUCUUGGAAGAGAUUGGUAAAUGGGUAAACGCUAACAAGGAUUGAGAUUUUGCUGAGAUUUUCCACAUUAAUUUAGUGAUUCAGACAAAGGUAUUCUGUUUCAACUUUUUGUUUCAAGAAUCUGUUGAAUAUCUGUUCAGUAUGUUCAAUAAUAUUUUGCUCAGUCAUUCUGCCCCUGUUGGUCACUUGGCUAAGUCCUGACUUGUCUCACGCACCACCAUGGCAAUGCAGAGCAUGUGCUGAGAUAAAAAGUGCUUUGGCUGCAAAGAGAAAAGUAGAGAGUGCAAAAUAUGUGUAAUUGUAUCCAGUGAAGUCAAAAUACAUACAUACAUACAUGGGAAGAAGCUGGAUGGGGAUGUGAGAAAUGACCGUGUUUACCUUGUCAGGGUCUUCUGGUGAUGUGUGAUUUUUUUCUGCCUUUUGUCAUUUUGUUUGGUAUUGCAUUUCGACCACAAGUAAAAAACAAAUGACCCCCAA